AUGGCUGUGGCCAUCAACGAUCUCCCGAACGAGAUUCUGGCCCAUAUCUUUACCUACUUGGACCGGCCAGCGCCCUCUGACUCGAAGCUCCACGAUCAGCCAAGCUCUUUGAUGCUCCAAAAUAUCUUUUUCGAUCGCGAUCUCAAGAGCGUAUCAGUCGUAAGCAAGAGAUGGCGGGGUGCUGUGCUGCCUCUACUCUUCAGACAUGUGAUAUGGACGUUCGACCGCUUUGAGCUGCCGCUUAUAGAGGAGACAGGAGACCCAGCAUCCGCUAUCGACAUACUCUCUUUUCUUAGAACAAAUAAUCUGACAAACUACGUCAAUACUUUGACCAUGUUCGUCGAGGACGCCAUGGGGAGCGUUUCCACUCAUGGCGCAAGCAGCGUUGAGUUGAUGGAGACCGGGUUCGCGAGUAAAGCAUCUUACAGUGAAGACUACAACUGGUUAUGGAGGACCUUAUUUCAAUACGUGGAUCCCACACGGCUGAGUAUAAUCGCAUCACCACGAGUACUCGCGCAAUUGCUGUCGCGAAUGCUCUUCUUGGGGGACGCGUGGAAUUUCGACAUGCCGCAGCAUGUUUUGUCCCUCUCACGAAAGGACAAGAAGGUGGUCACAACUAAAUUCAAUUCAAGGACGUCGUCAUCUUCGUCAAAACAGGCACCACCCCACGAAGACUCGCUACGCAAGCGUGUCCCGUGUGACCUGUUCACUAUCCGCCCAUGGCAGUCUCUGUUGCUCAACGAAGGCUCAUCGACUCGCGUCUACAAGACGUACGAAUACUACCUCAAACGUCCACCAUCCAUCCUUGGCGCGCUUCUUGGUGCUGAAGAAUUCCCCAACGACACCUCACUCAUUGCUCCCUCGAUCCGUGACUUUUCUUACGUCGGCAUCUUCCCACUUUCAAGCCAUUUCAACACCCUCGUUCAGAACAUUCCUCGCAUCGAUCGUCUAUUCUUGCAGCUAGUACCCCGAAACGAUAUCCUACAGGAUGCCGACGAAAUGCGCAACAUCGAUAUCGCCGAUCUUUGGAUGGAGCGCAAUACAUCCUACUCAAUGCUCUUCCGGGAGCUCUUCGAUCCAGAUCCAGACAGCCCCUGGCUUGAGCUCAAGACCUUUGAGAGCGGCGACGCAGCGGAUCGAGAGGCGUGGGAGAUGGCUGUACAGUUUGUGCAGUUCAGCGGUGUCCAGGGAUGGAAGGUCGAAAGCGAGGGCGUCUUCGUGCGAGAGGGGAACGACAGCGGGCCGAGUUCGCUCCUCGGGAUGUCUCAACUUCCGGGUCAGCUUAGACGUAUGGCAUUUAAUGGAGUGGCUACACUGCCUGUCUCCAGCGUAACCUUUUACAUGGGAGAUGGCGGGCCGUAG